CAAACGUCAAAACAAAUCAACACGCGACUUGCCUCGCCGCACGUUUUGGAGAUCGACAUUGAAUUUUGGACUAUUUUCCCCUAAAUGCAGUUGUUUCAAUAGUUUUCGACCAUGAAGUUUGCUUACAAGUUCAGCAACCUGCUCGGUUCGGUGUACCGGAAAGGCGCGCUUAUUUUCACCCCGGAUGGCAACUCCGUAAUCAGUCCGGUCGGGAACCGGAUCACCAUAUUCGAUUUGAAAAACAACAAAUCCCACACCCUUUCGCUGGAGAGCGAACACAACUACACGGCGCUGGAUCUGUCCCCGAACGGGUGCACACUUGUGGCGGUCAACGAGGUGGGUGAGGCGCAGAUGAUCAGCAUGAUCUCGCACACCGUCAUCCAUCGGUACAAGUUAAGGCGGAGGUGCGCGCUGCGGUUCAGCCCGGACGGGAAGUUCUUCGCGGCUUGCACGGGGAACUCCGUAAUUGUGUUCCGUGCGCCGGGGGAGCUCAGCGGGACGUACAACGCGUUUGUGGUGCAGCGGGCGUUUGAAAUCGCGUACGACGAGACGGUGUUUGUGGACUGGGCUUGCAAUUCGAAGGUUAUGGCGAUCGGAUCGAAGGACAAUUCGGUGCGCGUGCAGGGCGGAGUUUUGAACAACUUCCGGCCGUUUAUACUUGGAGGGCAUCGGGACGCGAUUGUGGGUUGCUUCUUUGAGGAGAAGACGCUGGACGUGAAUACGAUUAGCAAGGAUGGUCAGUUGAUGUUGUGGGAGUGCAGCGUUGAAGUUGAUGAUGUUACCAGCGGAGAUGGGCUGAUCCGGAUUAAGGAGGAACCGGAUGCUAAGAAGAGUCGGGAGUUGGAUGAGGACGAGCAGGAGGAUGAUGUCGGGGCUGACGAUGACUUUGAGAAUGCUACUGGGAAGGACAAGGAGUUGGAACACUUGCAAGGUGACUUUACCAAGGACGAAGAUCGCGAUGAAAAGGGUCAACUGCUAAUCACCAAACCCAAGCAGAGCUUCAAGUACAAACGCCUUGCUCGGCACUACCUGGCGGACGAGGCCCGCAAGGAGAACCCCAAAGCCUUUGUGACCGCUUGCGCCUACAACAAACAGCUCAAGAUCCUCAUAACGGCCUUUUCCACCGGCGUGUUCUACCUGCACGAACUGCCCGACAUCAGCAUGAUCCACUCGUUGAGCAUCUCCGAGCACCGCAUCGACUCGGUAACGUUUAACAACACCGGCGACUGGAUCGCCCUCGGCGUCCCCGACGUUGGCCAACUUCUCGUUUGGGAGUGGCAGAGCGAGCAGUACGUCAUGAAGCAGCAGGGUCACUCCACCGGACUCAACUGCGUGACCUAUUCCCCGGACGGACAACUCCUCGCCACCGGCGGUCUCGACGGGAAGGUCAAACUGUGGAACAUCACCAACGGCUUCUGCUUCGUCACCUUCAGCGAACACUCGAGCUCCGUUACCUCCGUAGAGUUCAGCGGCAACAAGAAAUUCUUCGUCAGCGCCUCACUCGACGGAACCGUCCGCGCGUACGACAUCGUCCGCUAUCGCAACUUCCGCACCUUCACCUCCCCCGAACCCGUGCAAUUCGCCUCCGUCGCCGUUGACCAAUCCGGCGAACUCGUCGCCGCAGGCGGCCAAGACGUCUUCGAGAUCUACCUCUGGUCCAUGAAGCUCGGCCGUCUCCUCGAAGUCCUCAGCGGCCACGAAGGCCCAGUCGUGUCCCUCGCCUUCUCUCCCGUCCCCUCCUCCUCCGCCAUGGUGUCCGGCUCGUGGGACAAAUCCGUCCGCAUCUGGGACGCGCUCGAAUCCUCGUCCGCGCACGAAACCAUCGACGUCGGUUCGGACGUGGUCGCCGUGGCGUUCAAGCCGAACGGUGAAGAAGUGGCCGUCGCGUCCCUCAACGGAAACGUGUCGGUGUUUCACGUGAAAACAGCCCAGCAGCUGGCGUCUAUCGAGGGACGGAACGAUCUCGGCGGAAGCGUGUCGGAGACGGAUACGAGCACGGCAGAAAAGAAUCUGGCGGGGCGGGCGUUUACGUCGAUUUGCUACUCGGCGGACGGGGAGUGCAUCAUUGCGGGUGGGAGGAGCAAGUACGUGUGCAUUUAUCACGUGAGGGAGGCGAUUUUGCUGAAAAAGUUCCAGAUUACGCAGAACAGGAGCUUGGAUGGGUUGGAUGAGUACAUCAACCAAAACCUCACCGAGUUCGGCAACAUGGCCCUCGUCGAGGAGCGCGAACAGCUCGAGGGUGGCAACGUGGCCAUUGCGCUACCCGGCGUUCGCCGCGGUGACCUCUCCGCCCGCAACCAAAAGCCCGAGAUCAACGUGUUUGCGGUGCGCUUUUCCCCCACGGGCCAGUCGUGGGCCGCCGCCACCACCGAGGGUCUGCUGAUGUACUCGCUCAACAAGGGCAUCGUGUUCGAUCCGUACCAGCUGUCGGUGGAGAUCACUCCGAAGGCGACCCGCGAGCUGCUCCGCAAGCGGGACUUUUCCGCGGCGCUCAUCAUGGCGCUGAAGCUGAACGAAACCAGCCUGAUCCAGGAGGUCGUCGAGGGCGUGCCGUACAGGGAUGUUGAACUGAUCGUCCAAUCGAUGCCGGAUGAGUUUGCCCACCGGACGCUGCAGUUUGUGUCCAAGAUCGUCGGCACGAGUGCGCACAUCGAGUUCUACCUGAAGUGGGUGAACCUGCUGUUGGCGCGGCUUGGCCAGCAGGAAAACGUGCUGACGCAGCAAACGCUAGUGCUGCUGCACCAGACGCUGAACCGGAAGUACGAGUCGUUGAACAAGAUAUGUGACUUUAACAAGUACACUAUUCAAGUGUUGAAAAACAUGUGUCGAAGGAAGGAAGCUGUAGAUGCACGGAAAGAGAAGAAUGGAGUUGACGGGGAUAGCGAUGUCAGCGAUAGUGAGUUGAUGUUGAUGGAUCGGAAUGGGACGAAGGUUGAGGAUGAUGAUGACGAGGAAAUGGAGGAAGAUUCGGAUUCAAGUUUUGAGCACUCGCGAAACGCGUUCCCGCCGAUGUUCUGUAAGAGUGGUGGAGUUUCGGUUGAGUUUGCCGGGAACCGUUUCCGUCUCGCUAAACCUGUAGAUGGCGACGAUCAGACCGUACAGACCCAAGACUUCGGCGAAAAUGAGAAUCAGAAUCAUACCGACAAACAGUCUGGGCUGCUGGGCGGUACCACGGACACCGGCGUCACCGACGAUGCCGAUGGCGAAACCGGCGGCCAGACCCGAGAAGCCGACAAACAACUGUGGAUGAAGAUUGAGUGGCGCUCACGAUCGACGCAACAUCGCCAAAAGGACGACCAGCAGCAGCAAUUGCUCCAAGGUUGCUUCGAAGGAGAUGACUUCACCACACAAUCUGGCUUCCUCCGCAGUAGUGGACGCCUCAUCAGCAGCCUCGGCAGCGGCAGGCCUAUCGGCUUAAUAGUGGGGCAAAGGUUUUCGACCAUGAAGUUUGCUUACAAGUUCAGCAACCUGCUCGGUUCGGUGUACCGGAAAGGCGCGCUUAUUUUCACCCCGGAUGGCAACUCCGUAAUCAGUCCGGUCGGGAACCGGAUCACCAUAUUCGAUUUGAAAAACAACAAAUCCCACACCCUUUCGCUGGAGAGCGAACACAACUACACGGCGCUGGAUCUGUCCCCGAACGGGUGCACACUUGUGGCGGUCAACGAGGUGGGUGAGGCGCAGAUGAUCAGCAUGAUCUCGCACACCGUCAUCCAUCGGUACAAGUUCAAGGCGGAGGUGCGCGCGCUGCGGUUCAGCCCGGACGGGAAGUUCUUCGCGGCUUGCACGGGGAACUCCGUAAUUGUGUUCCGUGCGCCGGGGCUCAGCGGGACGUACAACGCGUUUGUGGUGCAGCGGGCGUUUGAAAUCGCGUACGACGAGACGGUGUUUGUGGACUGGGCUUGCAAUUCGAAGGUUAUGGCGAUCGGAUCGAAGGACAAUUCGGUGCGCGUGCAGGGCGUUGAGUUUUUGAACAACUUCCGGCCGUUUAUACUUGGAGGGCAUCGGGACGCGAUUGUGGGUUGCUUCUUUGAGGAGAAGACGCUGGACGUGAAUACGAUUAGCAAGGAUGGUCAGUUGAUGUUGUGGGAGUGCAGCGUUGAAGUUGAUGAUGUUACCAGCGGAGAUGGGCUGAUCCGGAUUAAGGAGGAACCGGAUGCUAAGAAGAGUCGGGAGUUGGAUGAGGACGAGCAGGAGGAUGAUGUCGGGGCUGACGAUGACUUUGAGAAUGCUACUGGGAAGGACAAGGAGUUGGAACACUUGCAAGGUGACUUUACCAAGGACGAAGAUCGCGAUGAAAAGGGUCAACUGCUAAUCACCAAACCCAAGCAGAGCUUCAAGUACAAACGCCUUGCUCGGCACUACCUGGCGGACGAGGCCCGCAAGGAGAACCCCAAAGCCUUUGUGACCGCUUGCGCCUACAACAAACAGCUCAAGAUCCUCAUAACGGCCUUUUCCACCGGCGUGUUCUACCUGCACGAACUGCCCGACAUCAGCAUGAUCCACUCGUUGAGCAUCUCCGAGCACCGCAUCGACUCGGUAACGUUUAACAACACCGGCGACUGGAUCGCCCUCGGCGUCCCCGACGUUGGCCAACUUCUCGUUUGGGAGUGGCAGAGCGAGCAGUACGUCAUGAAGCAGCAGGGUCACUCCACCGGACUCAACUGCGUGACCUAUUCCCCGGACGGACAACUCCUCGCCACCGGCGGUCUCGACGGGAAGGUCAAACUGUGGAACAUCACCAACGGCUUCUGCUUCGUCACCUUCAGCGAACACUCGAGCUCCGUUACCUCCGUAGAGUUCAGCGGCAACAAGAAAUUCUUCGUCAGCGCCUCACUCGACGGAACCGUCCGCGCGUACGACAUCGUCCGCUAUCGCAACUUCCGCACCUUCACCUCCCCCGAACCCGUGCAAUUCGCCUCCGUCGCCGUUGACCAAUCCGGCGAACUCGUCGCCGCAGGCGGCCAAGACGUCUUCGAGAUCUACCUCUGGUCCAUGAAGCUCGGCCGUCUCCUCGAAGUCCUCAGCGGCCACGAAGGCCCAGUCGUGUCCCUCGCCUUCUCUCCCGUCCCCUCCUCCUCCGCCAUGGUGUCCGGCUCGUGGGACAAAUCCGUCCGCAUCUGGGACGCGCUCGAAUCCUCGUCCGCGCACGAAACCAUCGACGUCGGUUCGGACGUGGUCGCCGUGGCGUUCAAGCCGAACGGUGAAGAAGUGGCCGUCGCGUCCCUCAACGGAAACGUGUCGGUGUUUCACGUGAAAACAGCCCAGGAGCUGGCGUCUAUCGAGGGACGGAACGAUCUCGGCGGAAGCGUGUCGGAGACGGAUACGAGCACGGCAGAAAAGAAUCUGGCGGGGCGGGCGUUUACGUCGAUUUGCUACUCGGCGGACGGGGAGUGCAUCAUUGCGGGUGGGAGGAGCAAGUACGUGUGCAUUUAUCAGAGGGAGGCGAUUUUGCUGAAAAAGUUCCAGAUUACGCAGAACAGGAGCUUGGAUGGGUUGGAUGAGUACAUCAACCGCAAAACCUCACCGAGUUCGGCAACAUGGCCCUCGUCGAGGAGCGCGAACAGCUCGAGGGUGGCAACGUGGCCAUUGCGCUACCCGGCGUUCGCCGCGGUGACCUCUCCGCCCGCAACCAAAAGCCCGAGAUCAACGUGUUUGCGGUGCGCUUUUCCCCCACGGGCCAGUCGUGGGCCGCCGCCACCACCGAGGGUCUGCUGAUGUACUCGCUCAACAAGGGCAUCGUGUUCGAUCCGUACCAGCUGUCGGUGGAGAUCACUCCGAAGGCGACCCGCGAGCUGCUCCGCAAGCGG